UUUCUUCAAAGUACAUGUGAUACAGCUCCAAAAAAGCUGGCAGCCCAUGUAGCCUGUGCCUAUUCUGGGACAUAUGACUGAAUCAGACUGCACUAAGGAUAUUCACAAGAAUAUCAACUGUCUCACUCAGUCUACCAGCUCUCCUGCCUCUCUCUUCUCUGAGAUUCAAACUCUGAUGGCACACCCUGACCUUCCGUCUGAGCAUGACCAUUCCUUGGAGGACAGGAAGGAAGCCCAAGUGCAGCCUGCAGGCGCAAAGACCCUGCAGAGGACCAAAUCCUGCUUCCUCAAGGGAGUCUCCUACUUCUCAGGAGACAUGAAGGUGUUUGGAAAAUGGAUGGAAAAACAGUUCAUUUUGCUGCAGCUGCUGGACUGGGUUUUGCGAGGAGCAGCCCAGGUGAUGUUUGUCAACAAUCCCCUGAGUGGUCUCAUUAUUUUUGCGGGCCUCAUCCUGCAGAAUUACUGGUGGGCCCUCAAUGGUUUUGUGGGCACGCUCUUUGCGACCAUCUCUGCUCUCAUUCUGCAGCAAAACAGGGGUGCAAUAGCUGCUGGGCUGUACGGUUACAAUGGCAUCCUGGUGGGUUUGCUAAUGGCCGUGUUUUCCAAUGCAGGAAACUGGUACUGGUGGCUUCUGCUGCCUAACAUCUUCAUGUCUAUGAUGUGCCCAGUUGUGUCCAGUGCCUUAGCCUCUAUUAACAGCCGAUGGGAUCUGCCAGUGUUCACACUCCCCUUCAACAUCCUGGUUUGUCUCCACAUGGUUGCUACUGGCCACUACAACAAUUACUUCCCCCAAGUCCUCAUUCAGCCACGCUCAGAGCGCCCCAACAUCACCUGGGCUGAACUGGAUGUAGCCAAGCUGUUCAUGUCAAUACCUGUGGGGAUCGGUCAGGUCUAUGGCUGCGACAAUCCUUGGACAGGAGGAAUCUUCAUCAUCUCACUUUUCAUUUCCUCCCCCAUCACUUGUGCUCAUGCUGUCCUGGGAUCUGCAGUAGGCAUGGUUUCAGGAUUGGCUCUUUCUGCUCCUUUUGGAGAUAUUUAUUUUGGCCUCUGGGGAUAUAAUUGUGUGUUAGCCUGCAUUGCCAUUGGAGGAAUGUUCUAUGCUCUCACUUGGCAGGUGCACAUACUUGCCAUCACAUGUGCUUUUUUCUGCGCAUACCUUGGCUCAGCCAUUGCUAACAUCAUGUCUAGGUUUGGUCUGCCUGCCUGCACCUGGCCUUUCUGCCUCUCUGCCCUCACUUUCCUCCUCUUAACUACGGGGACUGAGAGGAUUUUCAAGCUGCCACUGGCUAAAGUCACCUUCCCCGAGAAAAAUCUGAUGUUCUAUCGGAAGCUGAAGAAGCAGGAGAAAGCAGAGAAGGCUGAGAAAGAGAAGAAAGAAAGAGAAGAGCAGCAGAGAACUAUUGAGGAGGAAGUCAUAUUAAAUGAGAAAGAGCUACUGAGGAUAUUGGAAGAGGGAAAAGUAGUAAGUGGGACAUUAAUACGUAAAAAUGACCAGACACCUGUUGAAGAUCGAGCACCCGAGGAGCAGGUUACAGAAGAAAGAAACAGAGACAAUGAUUUAACUGAGAUCAUCCAUGCUGAUUAUGUUUAAUACAACAUUCCUACAGACAGAUGAAUAAAAUCAAUAUGCUAGUGGUUCUAAAAUAUAUAAAGAAUUGUGUAUCUUUAAAUAUUAUUUUAGAGAAAUUACAUGUUGUACUGUGAAUAUUUAAAAUUUUACCUGAGCCCAGUUGAUAUUUUAUGAUUUGAAUGGUUUGAUGGUGUUUUGCAAUUUGCCCUUUAAUACUUUGUUUACAAUAAAAUGACAAUUUUUA